CUCCCAGAUUUUAAUCGGAAAUGGGUUUGUAGUGUUUGCAUCAAUCUGGUUUACUUUUCUUGCUUUCUCUCUAUUGUGUUACUCUCGACCCAUUCUGGAAAUCUUAGCCUAAUUACUCUGCUGUGUUGAUCUUCGGUGUUGGAGAACCGUGGAAAUUCAAAGAAGAUUCUUACUUUAUGAGUUGGUUCUUGCUAGGAAUCAGAUUGAUGAUUAUAAGCUCAUAAAUUUGAUAGUGAUCACAGUGUUGUAGUUUCUACAGUGUCACCGAUGCCUGCUCAUGCUGAGUUCUUGGGCCUUCGUCUAUAUAUUAAGGGUGCUUUGGCCAUGUUGAGUUCAGUUUGCAGGAACCUGCUUCCCGUUGUUUUUUUAGUUAUUAUGGUCAUCCUUCUAUUUUUUGCACUUACACAGUUUAUUUGUAGUUUCUAUUGAUGGCCAUCUUUAUCUUUUUCUAGUCCUUCUGUGCUGCAGUGGCUUUGAGUUUUUGACAUCUAUAGAUAACAUUUAAAAUACGGUUUCGAGUUUAUGUUUAGUUAGAAUUGAAGUGGUUUUAUCCCGGGGGGGGGGGGGAGUCUUAGUCCAAUGUUGAAUUCAUAGUUUCGUCCUCUGUUUUUAAUUGGUAUUUGUCAUGUUCGUACACCUGAGGAGGAUCGGUUCCCCCCCUUCAUACUGGAGUACCAAAUCAUAGGGAAAUUUCAUAGUUCUCUUUGCUUGAUUUUCCAGAGUUUCAUUUUGCAAGCUUUUGGUAUCCAAGUACUAUAUCCAUUUUUCUUUAAAAAAAAAUUGUUUUUACUUUAUGUAACAAAUCCUGUUUAUAUUUUUGCGGUUCGUGAAGUCCAAUCUUUUCUUGAAUGCCAGACAUAUGAACUUGUAGCACAAACUAAUUUCUUGUUCCCAGGUUUUAUCAGGCCCAGUUAUUAGGCUUCCUGCAGUGCUGUGACAUAGAAUAGCCUUUGUGCAACUAAUCGUUGUACCUGUAGGGGAAUGGAGGAUAUCUUUUCUCGCCUGAUAUCCUUAACUUCCUAUAUAAGCCAACGAAUAAUCGAAUUCAUAGAAGAUCUUGUUUUAGGAGAUGCAAGCAGAUGCUUAGAAGAUUCAGAGACCAAUUCAACUGAGCAAUAUCCAACAUAUGAAACCUGCAAUGAGCACGGCCUUUUCUCAACAUGUUCUGCCUCCUUAUCAAGAUACUGCAACUCCAGCAAAAACUUUGACUUUCAUGAAAGAGAUGCGUCAGAUAUCGAGGAUCUAUCAGACAUAAAUACAGGAUUAGAAGUUGUGAGAGGAAAUUACUGUAGAGGUGUCCGCUUCAUUUUCAAAGGGUUGAUGCUCCCCAUAUUUUGUCUUGAAUUUGCUUGGAGAUCAGCAAUAGCAUCUUGGAGAUGUUUAUGUUAUCAGAUGAGACGUAUGCAAGCUCAUGUGCAAAGCAUCGUAACUCGAGUGCUUAGAACAUUGCAUGGGUCUUCGGAUGACAUUGGGUGGUUGCAAUGCGCUCCAGGAAUGGCUCCAGUGAAAGAUGGUUCAGCUCACUUCAUGGAGCUGCUACACAGCAUUAGGAAUGGGGUGCACAAACUACCUGAUUCUUUUGUUUACCUGCUUAUUCCAGGACUUUUCAGCAAUCAUGGCCCCUUGUAUUUUGUCAACACCAAAAGAUUCUUUUCAAAGAUGGGUCUAGCUUGUCAUAUUGCUAAAAUUCACAGUGAGGCAUCAGUGGAACACAAUGCUUGGGAACUAAAACAGUAUAUUGAAGAGCUAUACUGGGGAGCCAGCAAGCGUGUGAUGUUGCUUGGUCACAGCAAAGGUGGAGUUGAUGCUGCCGCUGCUUUGUCGAUAUAUUCACAAGAAUUGAGCAAUAAAGUUGCAGGAUUGGCUCUAGUGCAGAGUCCUUAUGGUGGAACACCUAUAGCUUCUGAUAUUCUUCGUGAAGGACAGGUUGCUGACAGAGAAACACGGAGAAUCAUGGAGUUCUUAAUAUGCAAACUGAUUAAGGGUGAUAUGAGAGCGCUGGAGGAUCUCACCUACGAGAAGCGGAAGGAAUUUGUUAAAAACCACAAACUUCCCGAUAACAUUCCUAUAAUAUCCUUCCACUCUGAAGCAAGUGUGGCACCAGGUGUUGUUGCAACUUUGUCUCACAUUGCACACGCAGAAUUUCCUCGAUUUGGCAGUGAGGAUGAUGUCCUUGCAGUGCGAAAGGUGCCUGUUAUUGUUCCUGUCUCUGCCGCAAUGGCUCUCAGUGCGCUUCACCUGCAACUGCGGUAUGGGGAAAAGAGCGAUGGUCUUGUCACAUGCCGUGAUGCUGAAGUUCCAGGUUCCAUUGUUGUCAAGCCUGACCGUAAACUUGACCAUUCUUGGAUGGUGUACUCCUCUUGGAAUAAAGACCAUACCGAGCCUGAUGCUUGUGAAAUGUGUGAAGCUCUGUUAACUAUGCUUGUUGAACUCGGAACAUAAGUCCAGAAUUUACAAUAACUAGUGUCUGAAAGGAUGCAAUGUCAAAGGUUUUUGGUAUUCUUGUAUUCUUGCUCUGAGAACUGCUGGAAGUUGCAACAGGAAUUGGGAUGGUUUUAUGUUAUUUUAUGGGGUAAUUGGCAUGUUGCUCCAUUUAGAUGUAUCUCGUUGGCACAAUACACCCUGAAAUUAUAUUUUUGGCACUUUGCACUCUUGAAAUAAAUAAUGCUCUGCAU